UUCCCCAAAAACGUUCACCAAUUUCCUGCUGAAUUUUGCGGCUUUGUUUUCGUGACAAAAACGUCUUCUGAAAUGACAGACGGCCCUAAAACCCCAAAACGAAAACGCCCAAUCGAAAGGGAGGUUCCAACACUUGACGUACUUCACACACCAAAGCGGUCAAGGGUUACAUUUGCCUCCAUCAGCCGCGUCGCGGAGUAUGCCAGGGAUUUUUUUACAUUUAAAUCCCGGAAAUUUGAGGAGACGUACAUCGUAAAGAAAGCUAACAAGUUACUUGUCAGCCCGCUGAGGAAUUUCCUGUCUCCUAAGCAGGUUCAGCCACCGGUGCAGGAACCUCAAAGAGAAGCUGGAGACCACUCUAAAUCACCAGACAUGUUUAGGAAGCAACAAUACGAAGAUGUCUUCACUAGUCAAUAUGUGCCACAUCAUCCUGCUGUAGCGCCGACCACAAAGGGUCGAGACCGACCCGAGGUCACGAGGCAGAGUCAGGCAUCGUCCUUUUUCGGUCGACCUUCUGGCCUUCAAGAUGUGACAUUGAGUCACACCAAGAAACCAAUCCCUACCAUGCAGUUCAAGCAGAGUUAUGCCGGGGCACUGGCCGGACCAGGACACGCUAAAAGGAGACAAGAGUUGUCUUCUUAUCGAAAGAAUAUGGUAUCUAAAUCGUAUCGGCCCGUCCAUGACAAGCUGUAUUAUGAAAAAAAAAUGAACCAGUACCAGAGAGGGAACACCUGCCUAAAUGUUAUCAAAUUGGACGACAAAGCGAAAUUUGCCGAGCUGAUUGCAAAAACGGGAGGAGGGCCAGGAUUUGCCCGACCUGUGGAUCAGAGUUAUUGCAGGGCAUUCGCAGAUUCCACAAACCGUUCGACACUCUUUGGAGACCGGACCAAGCCAAGACGCGUCUCACCAAAAAAUCGGCCGUGGAGUAAACCAGAUUUGAACACGCCACCUGAACGAAAGGAGCUGUUUUUUAAGAAACCCGGCCUUAAAGUUGAGGAUGUGGAUCGCUCUUGGAUGGAGCCGAGUUUCAGUAGGCCCACACCGGUUGCGCUGCGGUCGGCCCCGGUGCAAGAUGUCGAGGCCGUGGUUGAUCUGACGUCAGAUGAUGAGGAUGUCGAGAUCGUGGAGGUCAGGCCUGAGAUAGCGCAGAGUAUUGAAAUUCCGAAGCCAUUCAAGACACCAGGUAAACGCGAGGCGAGCCAAUCGCCGAAAAUAGCGACGUCAUCAUACAAAGAACGGGUGACAUCACCUUACAAGGAAUUGAUAGAAACCUGCAAGUAUACAUCAGAUGAGUGGAGGAAUCAAUAUGAGUACGAGUUCAAGGAAAAAACUGCGCUCAGAGAUCGUGAGGCGCAUGAGACAAAGCGGGAGGCAGAGAUUUGUGCUGAAAGGCGUGAGGAACUAUCUAAUACAAAACUGGAUGAGAUGAUCAAGAAGAAAUUGAGCCUUGGUGAGCGAGUCCCACCCGUGUUUCUCAAUGAGGAAGAGGAGGAGGAGGAGGCUCAGUUGGCGGUUCUGACCUCGGAAAUGGAGGAUGAGAUAGACAACGCGUUACGACCUUAUCCCGAGAAUGAGACGCUGUCCGAAGGUUUCCGUAUGACAAUCAAACGUCUCGACAUGGUGACGCUAGCGGGAUUGAACUGGUUAAACGACGAAAUAAUCAAUUUCUACCUCAGCCUCGUGGCGGAACGAGGCCAACUGGACAAUUAUCCCUCGGUUCACACAUUCAACACAUUCUUCUUCCCCAAGCUUAUGUCUCAAGGUCACAACGGCCUCAAGAGAUGGACGCGAAAAGUCGACGUGUUUUCAUUUGAUUUCAUCAUUGUGCCGGUGCAUUUGGGGAUGCAUUGGUGCUUGGCAAUUGUAGACUUUAGGAACAAACAGAUUCGAUAUUACGACUCAAUGGGGGGCAACAAUAACGCCGGGUUGGCAGCAAUAAGGAAAUAUUUAGAGGAUGAAAGUAUGGACAAGAGAAAGGUGGCGUAUCCCACAACAGAUUGGGAGUUGAUUAAUGUAAAGGGCAUCCCACAGCAGAUGAACGGCAGUGAUUGCGGAAUGUUCUUAUGUAAAUAUGCCGAAUAUAUCGUCAGAGAUGCCGACAUAACUUUUAGUCAGGAGGACAUGCCAUACUUUCGAAGGAGAAUGGUCUGGGAAAUCGUAAACAAGAAGUUAUUAUGAGAGACGGAGACACUUAGGACAUUCUGAGUCAUUUUUAUUUAGGAUACUAGGACAUUGAGGACACUAAGAUUUAGGACACAAACAUGUUCAGGACUCUUAAGACGAUCUGGAUACUAAGAUCUGAAGAAUCUCUUGAUGUGAAACUUUGAAUGUUUGCAGAUCUGAACGUUCGCAAGUCUGCUCAUUUCAUUUCACAUUGAAGUAAAUUCCACGUUUGCGGCAGAAAUUUAAUGGUCAAUGCAUAAGAGUUGGAAUUUUAGUGAGUUAAGUGUUUGUGUGGGCCUCCCAUACAACAGUUGCAGGUUCUGGAAACGUUGCUAAUGUUACCCGAAAUUGUGCCAGAGAUUUUCUUAAGAUUGGCUGUGCCUACUGCCACAAUUCUUGAACUCUUCUGUUCUAUUUCUGAUUUAUUGAGUUGAAAAGUAGACUGAUAAAUGAUAACGGGUAAAUGUCAGUCAAAUUGGUCACUUCCAUUCAGUUUGACCCCUUGUAAUCGGGAUGACUCUAUAUCAAGGAUGGCAUUCGGUAGUCCCAAGGUGUCCAUGAGAGUGAGGUUCUACUGUAUUUGGCUAAAGAAAUGGGGGUUUUAUAGCCACACUUUGAACUGAGAAUAUUGCAUUUUCCUGAGAGUGCCUCAGGGGGCUGGGAUCGAAUGUGGUCAAAUCUUCCGAACAAACAGCAGAAAUGCGCACCACAAAUUUCUGCUGUACACUGUACAAUCACAAAAGGUAGUAACUCGCAUUGAUUCGUGUAGAUAUCUUAAAAUAUUCAAAAUGUUGUGUAGGUAAAGGGUAUAGGCCCUUUGAAUCUGACAGACGGGGCAGUUUGUCAUGAACCUUUCAAGGCUCAUGAGGAGGUCGGUUCUUGUACCAGAAAAACAACUGAACGUGGUAAAACGACAACAGCAAAAUGUCUUGUGUUGUAAUAUCUAACAGCAGACGAUGGGAUGUAUCAUCGGCUGAAAUUUAUUGAAAGUUGUUUUCUUUAUGUAAUUCUUGUAUGAUAGACAACACCGAUUGGGCUUUUCACAGGUUUAUCAUCAAUAAUCAUGUAAAUCUAUUUUCUUUUUUAAGUUGAUUGGAAUUCUUUUUCAAAUAUGCCAGUUACUUCCUUUUGUGUUUGUGAGGUGUUGAUAUUUUUAUAUGCAUAUUAAGUGUUUUUUCUAUUGUUUUUCAAGAAAUAAACAACAUGAUGUUGA